GUCUCUGAUUCAUUCACAGACUUUGUAUUUUGUUGUGAUUUUGUCAACAAUUUUGUUUAUUGUUUUUGUUUAUCUAUUUUAUUGUCUAUUGAAAUUCAGUUUGAGAUGGUUGUUUUCUGUUGAAAUAUUGAUUGAAAUACUGAUCUUUGGUCGUCUAUUUUUUAAUCUCUCAAAAUUUUAGACAAAUUGACCUUUCUUAAGGGUUUCGACAUUUUAUUUUUCGAUUAAUUGAAUUCGACACUUUGAAAUCCCCUUUGAUUUACACUUUAAAGUUCUCCUACUUUACUAUAAAAGCCGAUACCGAACUGCAAACUUUUCCUUUUUUCACAUUAAUCGUCUGUCUUUUAGGCGCGGUUCGUGUUUUUUAUCUUUCCUUACUUUUUCGAAACUUCCUUUUUUCGUAUUCGCGCUUACAAUUUCUAUUUAAUGCAACUUAAAAUCCCAUUUUUCAGAUUAUAAAGACAAGUUUAACCUUGUGACUUUAUCUAUAUUCUUGUCUAAAUCUAACAAAUUGUAACAACAAACAAAAAUGGGCGAGCAAGACAAAAAGAAAGCUGGCGGCGGCGAUGGUGGCAAAAAGAAGGACGGCUUCGAUGCCAAAAAGUUUGCGAUUGAUUUGGCUUCUGGAGGAACUGCUGCUGCGGUUUCUAAGACGGCUGUGGCGCCUAUUGAGCGUGUCAAGUUGUUGCUACAGGUUCAAGACGCUUCUCAGCACAUCGCUGCCGAUAAACGCUAUAAGGGAAUAAUUGAUGUGCUUGUUCGUGUGCCCAAAGAACAGGGAGUCCUUGCUUUUUGGCGUGGUAAUUUGGCUAACGUGAUUCGUUACUUUCCAACGCAAGCUCUCAACUUUGCGUUCAAGGACACUUACAAAAGGAUCUUCAUGGAAGGUGUUGACAAGAACAAACAGUUUGGCAAAUUCUUUUUGAUGAACUUGGCUUCUGGUGGUGCUGCUGGUGCUACUUCUUUGGCUUUUGUCUAUCCUUUGGAUUUUGCUCGUACUCGUUUGGCUGCGGACGUUGGAAAGGCCGGAGCUCGUGAGUUCAACGGACUUGCUGAUUGUCUCGUCAAAAUAUUCAAAUCUGAUGGUCCUAUUGGUUUGUAUCGAGGAUUCUUCGUCUCUGUUCAGGGCAUUAUCAUCUAUCGUGCGGCAUAUUUUGGCUGUUUUGACACUGCAAAGAUGUAUUUUGCUAAAGAUGGACAGAAAUUGAACUUCUUUGUGAGCUGGGCUAUUGCACAGGUUGUGACUGUCUCUUCUGGAAUUCUUUCCUAUCCUUGGGACACCGUUCGUCGACGUAUGAUGAUGCAAUCUGGACGCAAGGAUAUUCUCUACAAGAACACUUUGGAUUGCGCCAUCAAGAUCAUCAAGAAUGAGGGUCCUCAGGCUAUGUUCAAGGGAGCGCUUUCCAAUGUCUUCCGUGGUACUGGUGGUGCAUUAGUGCUCGCCUUCUACGAGGAGAUUCAAAAGUAUGUUCAUCUAAUCUAG